AUGUCACAGGAAAACACCAUGUCACAGGAAAACAAAAUAAAAAAAAGAAAAUACUCGAGAAGCUACUGCUAUAAAAUAUUGGCUCGGGAGAGGGCAGAGUAUUUUAAACUAGCUAAAAUAGAUAUCACAGCUAGCACCUCCCAUAACAUAGUUAACGCCGUUAGCAGAGAAAAAGUUAUUGACUUAACUAAAAAUGAAGGAAGAGACUGUUACUCUAGUGAUUGUGGAGGCAGUGCUUGCAAUCUUCUGCACAAUAAAAAUGACAGUGACAUUGAUGGACAUAAUAAAAGUGACUCUAGUGAUAGUAUAGAAAUGCUUGUGCACAAAAAAAAUGACAGUGACAUUGAUACAAAUCAUAGCAGUGACUCUAGUGAUAGUGAAGGAAGUGUUAGUAAUCUUGUGCACAAUAAAAAUGACAGUGACAUUGAUAGAGAAUCUAAAAGUGACCCUAGUGAUAAUAAAGAAAGUGCAUGCAAUUUUGUGAGUGAAUCUGAUAGCAGUUGUAAGAAUGAUGUAUUGGACAAAAGGGAAGGAAAAAAUGGUGAGCUGUCACAAGAAACAAAAUAUGUUGGAUUAAAUGAAAAUUAUAAAGAAGAUUCAAAAGUUUUUUUAAGUAACUGGUCAAUAAAAAAUAAUAUUACACAUACAGCACUUACUGAAAUUUUAAAAUGGUUAAGUACAAAACCGGAUCUUGAAAAUAUUCCGACAGAUGCCAGAACACUUUUAAAAACUCCAAACAAAAACAAUAUUCAAAGUCAAGAAAAGGGGGAUUUUUUUUAUUUUGGAUUAGAAAAUAGAUUAAUAACUAUAGUUAAGGCGUACCCUGAAUUGUCUGUACUGGACUUAAAUUUUAAUAUUGAUGGUUUACCAAUACACAAAAGCACAAAAACCGCUUUCUGGCCAAUUUUGUGUAAUGUAGAAAAUGUUGAAAAUGUAUUUGCUGUUGCUAUAUUUUGUGGUCAAUCCAAGCCAGAUUUAGAAGAUUUUUUUCAAGAAUUUGUGGAAGAAAUGUUAAAAUUAAUGGAUGGGCUUCAAACAAAAGCAGGAAUUGUUAAAAUAAAUAUUAGAUCAUUUAUUUGUGAUGCUCCAGCUAAAUCAUUUAUAAAAAACAUAAAAAAUCACAAUGGUUACUUUGGUUGUGAUAAGUGCUGUAUUAGGGGAGAAUUUUAUGAUAACCGGAUAAUAUUUCAAACCACUAACUCAGCAAAGAGAACAGAUGAAGAUUUUUUAUUAAAAACGAAUAAAGAACAUCAUAAAGGAAAUAGCCCUUUGGAAAGGUUAAAUAUUGGAAUGGUUUCCAAAUUUCCAAUCGAUUACAUGCAUGCAGUUUGCUUAGGAAUAAUGAAAAAAUUAUUAAUUACAUGGUCUCAGGGAGCCAAACAUCUUAAAAUUAAUAAGAAGAUAGAAAUAGAUGAUAGAAUAUCAAACAUAGUAAAAUCUUGGCCAGCAAAUUUCAAUCGAAAACCAAGAUCAAUUUUUGAAAUUGAAAGGUGGAAAGCCACCGAGUUCCGUCAGUUUUUGUUAUAUAUAGGGCCAGUGGUUUUAAAGGACAUUUUAGAUAAAAAAAAAUAUGCAAAUUUUUUAAUAUUUAAAUUUGCAAUCACAAUAUUGCUUUCAAAGGAUUUAAAUUCCAAAUAUAAUGGGUUUGCAUCAACAUUACUUAAUAUAUUUAUAAAAGAUGUUGAAAAAAUAUAUGGUAAAAUGUUUUGUAUUUAUAAUUUACACAUUUUAAGCCAUCUAUCAGAUGAUGCCAAGGAAUUUAAUACUCUAAAUUCAAUAAAUUCAUUUAAAUUUGAAAAUUAUUUAGGGCAAAUUAAAAGACUACUGAGGAAAUCGAACCAACCCCUUCAGCAGGUGGUAAAUAGGUUACAAGAAAUUCAUAAAAUAAAUGUUCGUAAAGUUAAUCAAUGUGUAAUUAAUGUAAUUUUGGAAAAACAAGUACCUGAUGUAAUUAAAGAACAGUAUUUUAAUCACGGAUUUUACAGAAAAAUAUGUGUUAAUCGUGAAAUAUACACCAACAGAAAUGGAGAUAAUGCUUUUAUAUUAUUUAAUAAUGAUGUUGUGGUUAUUAAAUUUAUUUGCAAAAAUAUGCAAACGAAUAAUUUCUUUAUGUUGGGACAAAAAUUUAAAAGCAUUUCCCCAUUUUUUGUUUACCCUGAAAAUUCUCAAAUUAUAGGAUUUUUUGAGGUUGAUGACUUGGAUGACAAUUUAUUUAGUUUUAAUAUUAACGAUAUUUUAUGCAAGGGUGUAUUAAUGCAACACAACAAUAAAUUUGUAUUUGCAAAAAAUUACUAUUUAGUUGAAUUCCCAGAAGAAUUCGAAAAUGGUCAACUACCAAUGGCAAUCAUUCCAAAAACAUGGUUGGUAGGAAACAAGCAAUGCCUAUGGCCUAGCUUUAAAAAUGAGAAGGACAAAAUUAAGGCUGUGAAAAAUAAAAAUCCUCCAAAAGAGGGUUCAGAUAGAUGCCAAAUUUUAAUUAAAUAUAAAACAGAUUCCUACGAAAAGGCGGUAGAAAAAUUAAAGAAAAUGGAAAAGGCAUCGCAGCUAUCACAAAGUGAUAGCGACAAUGAAAAUUUAAAAAGACCCAAAAAACCCAAUAAAAAAUAUGUCCAUAGUGACAUUGAUAGCGAAACUGAUCCUUUACCAAUAAUUCCGCCAAUUCCAGCUGCAAUACAGCCUCCUAUAAGGUCAAGAAAUACUGAUGACAAUCACAUUCAACUUGAAAGACUCGAAGGUAAGGAUGUGGUUGAUUCCACAAGGCGAAUAUUAUCAAAGAUAAUAUCCAAUAGUUUAGCAAAAGAAUAUAAUUGGAAGGGAAAAGGAGCUAAAAGAGCAUUUGCCACUCACGUUAAUAUAAUUAACCUCUUAUUAGGUUCACUUAGAACGAAUAGCCUAACUAAGAACGCUUCCACAACAGAAGUUGAAUCUGUUAUUAAAGCUUGGCUACGAACAGCUGGGGACAGGGAUGGUGGCAGAAAUAGAAGAAGGCAAUAA